AUGAUGUUUCGGCGUUUCUAUCUGCAGAUACUGGAGAAAAGUAAUGGAGAAAGAGGUGUUAACCAUUCGAUUGAAAACUUCCCUCCCUGUCCCACACACAAACACCCAAUGAAACCCCGUCCCCCCCUCUGCACCGCCAACUACAACCUUUCUCAGCAACUUGCUUUUUCCUUUGCCACCUCAUCACCAUUCUCGCCCCGCAUUAAAGUAUUGACCAACACCGCGCUGUAUUCUUCCGUCCCUAGCUUCGCGGUGUAUUUGUCCAGCCGCCAGCCCUAUUCCCCGCCCUCCCGCCGACAUGGAAGUCGGCCUUGACUCAACAGUAAGUGACAUGGAUAAUGAGACGACGGGCGGUUGGGAGUUGUCGAUAACAACAACUCCCCACCACCCGUCGUCUUCAUAUGCCAACUCGCAAAGAACCAUUCGCAGGCCGCCACAUCCUCGCAGCCGAUUCAUGUGCAUUGUAAUAUCCCGGAGCAGCAGGCCCGCAAGACGUUCCUAACAUGAAGCACAUCUCCCAUGACUCACACGACCACCAAUAUGGUUCCACGCUCUCGCUUCUGCCCACUCCUUCCCGCCGCAGCUGAUACCCCCCACGGACCGCCGCCCGCCCUCGCCGAUCGA